CGACCAAGCGACAGACCCUUAGCGCCACCUCGCGGUCGGAGACCAGGUGGUGGUUGGUACUUUUUUUUUAAAGCUGUUCUCCACGGUCGUGUGUUGGCGACCUGUAACGCCGUUUCAAAGUCAAUGCCGCUGCUUCACAGCCUCAAGAGCGACGCUACAAUGGAGUAAACAGGAUAGCGUGCCAUCGGCGAUAUGCUGCCAUCAGCGACGUUUUUGCUAGUGCUCAUCGCGGCACGAUGUACGGCGGACAGCAGUGUCGGGUGCUUCUUCGUAGAGAACAUCUGUGAAGAUGAAGAGGUCUGUUUCGACGACGGCCUCUUUGGCCGAUGCGAGAGCGCGGUCCAACUGGCACAGCAGCGGACACUGUGGCGACCUGAGCUGUCCCACGCGGACGUGAAGCUGCUCGAGUCGGAACUGGAGCGGCUAUGGGUGGCAGGUUACCGCUGGCACCACGUGUACAGCCAGUGCGUCAUCCGAUCCGCCCUGGGCGCCAUCAAACAUCAACGGCUCUACGACCCGGGCUUCUGCGCACGCACGCUACGCACCACGCUACCCGUUGUCACUGACGAAAUCGCGAUGGAAUUGGAACACCUGGGUCCAGGAGACAUGGCAUUCAUCAAAUUCACCCCGAAUGUCGAAGUGACGGACGGUAUCUCGUCGCAGUUCGCGGAUGAAGUAUUUUUUCCUCCAUUAAGCAAGAGUGCGGAAGAAGCUCUACUACAAGGAACCGUUGCACUCCAGGAACCGGAGAACAAACCUGAGCAGAGGUCGGCUACUUUGCCGGAACUUAAGGAGGUUCUCAAGAACCACGCUGAUAAAAGGCGGCAACAGGGCUACUUGAUAGGCUCUGACGGAAAGGACAGUGAGGACAGUGAGGACGAAGAACUGGCUCUUGGAUUGCUGGAUUACUUGCGUCAAAUGGACAAGGAUACAGCUUCCUUCUUGGACGAAAACACGGGCCGUUACGACGUUUUCACACCACCAGACGUUCCUGUCGUAGAGACCGAACUGUCUUCGGAUUUGGACCAACGCCCAGUACUAAUGGAGGAUGGGGCCAUUGAAUGGAUUCCCGUGGAAGGAAGGAAUGAGGAAAGCAGCGACGACCCUGGAGACUCCGCCAUAGUUCUUCCAGAAAGCGUCCGUGAAGACAGCCCUCAGAUUGAGGAGAUUCUCUCUGUAGUGGCGGAGCAGCGAAGUGACCGGAGCGGCGAAUCUGUCCCAUCCGAGAAAGAGGCCAGCCAGGCGUCACAAAAUGCUGGUGGCGCCGCUUUGGAGAGUCCUUCAAGCAAAUGGGAUUCGGAUGCACCCACCUGGAAAGGAAGUGCGGAAGAGAAACCUUUGCAAUUAGGGUGGAUGGACUUCGUUGACGACGCUGCAUACUCUGGUUCGCCUGCUGACGAGACCUUGGACAUCAGCGUACGUCAAGACCCGGCUUUUCGACGGCCUAUGCGGUACGACAUCAAGAAGCCGGGACCAACUUAUUUCUACCACGAGCCUGAGUCAUCAGAAACGUCAAUGGAAAACGCCCAGAAACUGCAGAAGAUAAUGCUGAUGCAGGAGAAGCUCAACGCAAGAACACCAGAGGACAUAUCGAAGGAAGAUGCGGUGCUCGACCACCUCAAGGAAGUCGGUCAGUCCACCGGCAAGCGGUACGAAGCAGCAUACAGACGGGUGCCCCACGAGGACCGAAAGGGGUCCGACGAGGUCGGACCGAAAUCGGACGGAUCACCGGACAACAGUGUUGCCUACGUCGUCGUCAAGGAAAAUCCUAUCACUCAAAGUGAUGCGGACCGACUGGUGAUAGCUAUGGAGAGGGUGCUACGUCUUCCAUCCGGGACUCUUUCCAAUACUAAGGUUGACGGCAGUCGUGUAACUUUGAAGGUCAACCCAAAUGCCCUCAACCUUAACGCUUCCACGUUGGCUGCCAAAACAGAGAGCCUGCGAAAUAUCCUCCGUGACCGCACCAACCUGACUGUCGUGGCAGCUGGAACAGACGGCGAGGCUCAGCUGGAGGUUAUUCGUCAUGCGAGCGACGGUCGCCUGCUGGUGGCGACAGUUGCCAUCUGCGGUUCCGUGGCAGCGAUCGUCGUCGCUGGUUCCCUCGUCUACCUCCUGCGACGCCAUGCACGCUCCAAGGAGAAGUUGCAAAGCCUCGCUCAGUCACAUACCGAGCCAAGCCAAGACUAUCAGGACCUGUGCCGCCAGCGAAUGGCUGCCAAGAAUCACGAGAAAUCUGAGCCGAUGCGCGUCACAGCGCAGUCCCCCAAACGGGUGAGCAGCCUGUCGCAAAGUGACCCUUCGCAGCCAGGAUCACGCUCUUCUACUUCUUCAUGGAGCGAAGAACCGGUCACCUCAAACAUGGACAUCUCGACUGGUCACAUGAUCCUGACUUACAUGGAGGAUCACCUCAAGUGCAAGGACCGACUGGACCGAGAGUGGGAAGCUCUGUGCGCGUAUGAAGCCGAUCCCAGCGCCACCGCCACUGCGGCAGCCAACAUGAAGAAGAAUCGUUAUCCGGACGUCUUGCCAUAUGACCACUCCCGAGUCGUUCUGAACGAUCUCUCCAACAUGAACAGCUCCGAUUACAUCAACGCCAGCACAAUAACAGAUCAUGACCCGCGGAAUCCAGCUUACAUUGCUACUCAGGGCCCUUUACCGCACACCGCCGCUGACUUCUGGCAGAUGAUCUGGGAACAAGGCAGCGUGGUGAUCGUGAUGCUGAGCAGGCUCAUGGAAGAUGGCGUUGCCAUGUGUCACCGCUAUUGGCCUGAAGAAGGUAGCGAGGUCUACCACAAUUACGAGGUCCACUUGGUGUCGGAACACAUCUGGUGCGACGACUACCUUGUGCGCAGCUUCUACUUGAAGAACCUGAAAACGAGUGAAACCCGGACGGUGACUCAAUUCCACUUCCUCUCAUGGCCAGACAACGGAAUCCCCUCUUCCAUCAAAGCCAUUCUCGAGUUCAGGAGAAAGGUCAACAAGUCUUACAGAGGUCGCUCCUGCCCAAUUGUCGUUCACUGCAGUGAUGGCAUUGGUCGUACGGGCACCUAUUGUUUGAUCGACAUGGUUCUCAACCGCAUGGCAAAAGGCGCAAAGGAAAUUGAUAUCGCAGCUACCUUGGAACACCUUCGAGAUCAACGUGCUGGGAUGGUUAAAACGAAGGCCCAAUUCGAGUUCGUGCUCAUGGCCAUUGCAGAGGAGGUGCACGCCAUUCUGAAGGCCCUGUCACACUGAGCACACGGGUCCAGGACAGGACAACCGACUCUUCCUGCGGUUACAAGAUCGAGAACUGCAUCGUCGAGCAACCUUUGACAGACAAAGCCACGAAGAGUUGCAUCGUUCCUUUCUUCCGUUCAUUUAUAAUUAAUUUCCAACACGAAUUACGCCGUAGGUUGUUCUUUUGCGGAAGAAAAUCGAGCACAGCCCGAUUGAGUGAACUCGCCGAUGAUGGCGAUAUAAUGCAAGACGAUGUUCGAUUACAAACGUAUUACUUAUUUACUAGACAUAUUUCAGUCUUACCUCGUGGACCGACUAAUUUAACGGGUACUUAUCACGUACGUCCCGUAUUUAUUUGGUUUGCAGAACCCUCUUCCCGUUCGAAUGGGCUCUGACGAUGUCUGGCCUUCCCCAGCCUGUCCCCUGUAUGCAUGCAACUUUUUCGCCUCAUUAUUUUCCGGAAUCACUCCGCGAUAUACUUUUGCCAAAAUUGGGAUUGAGCUACAGGCAACCGUUUCCAGAAGUGUUCAGUCUUUUUCGGAUCCAUACUGACGUCAUCAACGACGUUAUCAGUGAGCUUCCGGUCCGACCGCCCCCAUAUAAGUGUUGAUAGAGCUGAGAUAUUAUUCUUAGAUAGUGUGUUCCGCUUUGUUCGGUUGCUUACUGUCAACGUACGCGCAGUUACUAGGUAGUGUAUGUGACAUACAACACGUUCCCGGAUGUUUAUGCACAAGUCGAGACGUUCCGUUUCGUCUUUUUCGAGAUGUACAUAACUAUAGCUUAACGUGACUGCACGCAGUGAGCUCCCCUGCAAAUAUUAGCGCCCCAGCAGAUCGUGUAUUUGUGUAUAAAUAAAAGGCUAUUUAUAAACCAUGUAUAAUGUAAAAAAGAACAAAAGGUAUAUUUUUCCUCCUCAGAGGCCUGUUUCGCACGUAUUAAUGAAUACACAAUCAAGUUCUAAGAUGUAUUUGCUAGUUGUUGAAGACUGGUGAGAUUUCGAGAGUCUAUUGCAACCCGCGCCAUACAUACAUGUGAUACAUAGUUUGUGUUGCCAUAUAGUGAAGGAAACGCAGAGGGGAAUAUGUGUUACAAGCUCUUUGACUGGGCGGCGAUUGCAUUUUACUUCCUAUCUCUGUCAUAAUUGGUGCAUUUCUUUCGGACAUACCUCGAUUGUAGUGUGUGAUAUACUGUUUACUGUCUCGGUCAGAAUGUGUAGUAAAUAUUUGACACUGCAGAUAAACUCAUUAGUCUGGAA